AUGACACCAGCCCCCUCGCCUCUCCGACAACCGUGCACCGACCCGGCUGUGGUCCUGCCGGCAGACCUCUUUCGUCGCGUGCUCCUCCACCUGCCGGUGGCCGACUUGCUGGCCUGCGCCGGGGUCAGUGAACGCUGGCGCGUGGCUUGUCAAGAUGACCCGGUCCUUUGGCGUGCCCAUUGCGCUCGCCAGGGCUGGCUUGCGCCGGAGCUCGACCAAUGCGACGUCAACAUCUGGCGCAAUGAUCUCAGCGCCCCGCGCGACCGGCCCCCGCGACCCUUCAACCUGUGGCGCUUUGUGUACAUGGAGCACUGCCACCGCAGCCUGGCUUUUCGCUUUGGUCUGGCGCAGGCCAACUACUUCCUUGUCCGCCAGGCCGGGCAGCGGGCUGCCCUGCGCGGCCUGCUCGCCGGCCAGGCGGCCACGGCCCUACUUCCCACACCCGAGUCCGAUGCCUCCUCGUGCCUGGCCCCCGGGCCGCUCAGUGUGCCACCGGAGACCCACCGCGAGGACAGUCCCGACACCCGCCCCGACCCGGUGGACCUGUUCGAUCUCGACGUCGACGCAGGGUGGAUACUCGUCGCAGCCAAGGACAGCCGCGCGAUCCUGGUCAGUCGGAUGGACCUCGGCGAUCCGACUCCCGGCCUGGACCCCGAAGAGGGGGUUCUCCUCAGCCAGAUCACCCUGCCGGACUCGCCAAUUCUCCGGCACCUGGCCAAGUCGGCCGGCGGAACGAUCGACGCCACUGCCGUGGCCACAUGCCAGCGCGAGGCGAAGGCCAGCCCGGGCCGCGUGGUGCCGCCCACGCCCGAGGGCAUCUCGCCGGCCGGAUCAGAUGCCGCUGCCGGCGUUGCCCCGGCCGCAGCCACAGCACCCCUUGCCUCGGCCACCCCGGCCUCCCAGGCCGAGGGGCCCUCCAACGUCCCCCCGGGCAUUCGGCGUCUGCUUAGCUGGUUCGACACGGGGCCGCCUGCCAGCCCCGCUGCGCCGCCAGGCCCCGGGCCGACGGGGCCCAACUCCACCGACGAUCUGGGCAUGUCGCCGGUGGCCGCCGGCGGCCCCCCCAUCGAUGAGGCCCAGCCCCAGGCCCCGGGCGAUGUCCCCCCGGCUCCGCCGCUGCCCGCCCUGGAGGAGGGCAUGCCUCGGCCCGAGAGUGUGCGCCCGGCGCUGGCCUUCUUCCGCCAGCUGGGCGACAAGCUGUCACUGAUCUUGUCGCCCCAGGCCGCGCGCGCGGGUCGCGACCAGUCGCCGCCGCCGCCGCCGCCGCCGCCGGCCGCGGCACCGACACCCGCCGGCCAGGUGCUGGCGCUGCCACUGCGCCGGGCGCCGGCUCGUGGCGGGAGCAUUCCCACUCGCGGGCCCUGCCUGGCCGUGCGGUUGGUGUCUCUCGAUCGGGGGGCAUCCGCCUCGGCCCCGGCGAAUGAGCCGGCCGCAGGGCGGAGCAUCGCCCUGACCGGCGACUCGCACGGCUGGCUGUCCGUCACCUACACGUGGCUCCUGCCGGCGGCCAGCUCGGCGCACCCCGGGCCAGCCGCCGCCCCCGGCCGGGAUCUCUUCCCGGCCUUGGCGCUCGGCGGAUCACCGGCCCAUGUCGCCCUUCCGGCCCACGAGGGCCCGCUGGUGACCAUCGGCUCAUGGACGCGGCCGGAAACCGCCGGUCUCGACACGGCCCGGUCCGGCGGCGUGGAUGUCCUCAUCGCCACCGGCGGCUUCGAUACCAUGGUCCACAUUUGGACCGUGUCGGCCGCUGGCCGGACCAGCACGCCCGAACUGCGCCAGCUUUGCACCCUUGCGGGGCACGCGUCGGACAUCUACUGUUCGGUGUUCCUGCGGUUCCCGGCCACCUUGGAGCUGUUUGCCCCGGAGUAUGUUUCACAGCAGCAGGGCCUUGUCCCCGGGGAGCGGUCCAUCCCGGCGGCCAUCCGCGCGGCAUACUCGCAUGGCGGCCUGCCACUGGUCAUGACGUGCUCAUUCGACCGGAGCGUGCGCCUCUGGCGCUUGCACCCGGAGGAGGAAACCGCCCCGACCGAGCUGGCGGUAUGGCUGUUCGCCUCGCCGGUGGUGACCCUGUGCGAGGUCCCAGGCGUGUCGGUCAGCGCCUUUUCCCUGGUGGCCUGCUCGCUGUCCUGCGGCAAGGUGGUCUGUGCGUUGUGGUGGCCUGUGAUCCUCUUCGCGGUCUUUCCCCGGGGCCCGGCGAAAAGCGCGCCCUUUCGCCCGUGCCGUUCCUGCUCCGCCCCCCCCUCCCUCCUGGACGGGAGGAGGGAAGUCACACAUGUCGGCUCUUACUGACACCCUUCCUGCACAUGGGCGCAGUUGUCAACCCCGCCGACCCGAGCGCCCGGUUGGCUGACAGCCCGCUCCUGGAAAUCACCCUCCCGGAGGGCGUGUGGGCCAAAAGCAUCGCCACCACCCCACUGACCGAGCAUUCGCUGCUCCUGGUCGAUGAGAUCCGCCCCGGGGCCGAGACAGAGCCCUGCACCCCCAACGGAGGCGAGGAUGAGGCCAGUGCCGCGGCGGCCGCCGGUCGUGAGGCCGACGCGCGACUCCUCUUCCUCGGGGGCUCCGACGGCCGGGUAUAUACCUAUGAGCUGCGUAGCCUGCUGUCAGCCCGAGUGGCUGGCGCCAAUUCUCCCGGGCGCCUGGCCGUAUCCCUGGCCGAUCCCAGCCGCCAGCCUGCCCCACAAGUGGCAUACAGCUGGGAGUCUCACGGGCAUGUGGUCACCGGGCUCAAGCACCUGGCAAGCCCGCUGCUGGCGGCCACUCGGCGCCGGGCCCCCGGCUCGGGGAUGGACGCCAAGCGCCCGGCCGCCGGGCCCAACACGCCCCGUUCCUCGCCGGAGGCCGAUGCUCGCCGGCGCCGGCGCCGGCGGUGCGGCCCAGCGGAGAAUGGCACCCUCCCGGGGACAGCCGCCUUGGCAGCCAUCCCGGCGCCGGCCCAGUCGGUGCCGGCAGGGUGGCCAACGGACCAGUCACCAGGAUGGCCGGCUGCCACCGCUGCCAAUACCAAUACCACCACCACGGCGGCCGCUGCGGCCGCUGCUUCUGUCGCUGCCAGAAGCGCCCCCGCCAGUGUCGCCACCCCGACACCCAUCGGGCAUCUGCUGCCGGACGCCUGUAUGGCACAGCUUGCCGACCUGGGCCUGGGGGCCGGGCCUGAUGGGGACACCUUCCUGGUAAGCGCCGGCCGGGAUGGCCGAGUGAUCUCCUACACCGCGGACCUAGAGCCGGCCCUGCGUCGCCGCAUUCUCCUGGACUUCGGCUACCCGGAUGUCGUGCCAGGUGGCGGAGGACCAGACCCGGCGGCCGGCCGUCCAGCUGCCCUGCGCGUGUAGGGCAGCCCCCUUCCUUGAGACAAUACACCGAUAAAGACCAUGGGCUCGGGUGCACCGGCACUAGCGCGGGCGAGUGCGGAAGGGGGGCCCCCGUCGGGGCGCCACCGGGCCCGAGCGGAAAGGCGUUGUCCGGCCGCCAAAGCGCAGUUGCCCGCUCUGGAUGCGCCCCCCGAGACCGCCACCCAGGCGUCGUGGCACCCAGCC